AUGUUAUAUCACUUUUCAAAAAAAUCUUGGAGACGAGGUGUUAACGCCGCGUUUAUCCUCGCGAUUAGCGUAUCGAGGGCAGAAUUUAAGAUCGGGCAGAAGGUUUGCCUGAACGUUCCAUUCUUCCACGUGUACGGCCUGAUCAAAGGUUUGUUGAGCAUGUUUCAUUCCGGAAUCACGAUCGUGCUCCAGUCCCGCUCCUUCAAUCCUGAGAAAUCGUUGGACGCGAUAAUAGGGGAGAAGUGCGAUAUCGUUUACGGGACACCGACUAUGUGGAUCACUCUGUUGGACGUGUACGAGCGCGUUCGACCCCCGCCGAUAACUUUGGCCUGCGGCAUAACAGGUGGCGCUAUAAUGUCGCCGGAGCUUUUUAAAAAAAUAAGGAAAAAUUUCAACUUCGACAACAUGAAGAGCAUAUAUGGACUGACGGAGGUGUCAGGGGUUAUCUUUCACUCGAUGCCCAACGAGAAGAAUGAAUUGACAGAUAAUACCGUUGGCCGUUUGGGCGAUCACAUCGAAGCCAUGGUCGUGGACGAGAAUGGGAAAGCGGUGCCUUUCGGCACUCCCGGAGAACUCUGGACCCGAGGAUACAUGAACAUGAUCGAAUACUAUAACGACGAAGAGGCGACUAGGAAAAGCGUUACCAAAGAUGGCUGGUUCAAGACCGGUGAUCAAUUUGUUUUAAGAUCGGAUGGUUAUGGUCAUAUAGUCGGACGAUUGAAAGAGAUGGUGAUUCGGGGAGGAGAGAACAUUUUCCCAAAGGAGAUCGAGGAUGUAAUAAUGAUGCAUCCCCUGGUGGCCGAGGUGCAAGUUAUUGCCGCUUACGACAAAAUUUACGGCGAGGAGUUGUGCGCAUGCGUGCGCGUUCGAGACGGCGCGAAACUUGGGAAGGAAGAGUUGAAGGAAUAUUGCAAAAGAUAUAUAGCGCCUUUUAAAAUACCGCGUUACGUGGAAUUCGUAACGGAUUAUCCGAAAACGUCGAGCGGGAAAAUACAAAAGCAUAUAUUGAGGCAAGAGAUGGAACGUAAGGGAAUUAUUCCGGCGAAUCCGAAUUAAAAUAUUUUUGCAUAAAAAAAUUAAAAUAACUAUUUUUUUUUUUUUA